AUGAAUUACUCCGAUGACCUACAUCAACACGGCAAUUCGGAACGCCACGAGCCUCCCGCUACCGCAUUGGCCUCGCCACCACUCCAGGAGCGAACCGGUCAAGCUAUAGGCAGAGCUAUACAUACAGCCAGCCAGCCGCACUCUUUUGGGAAUGCCACGAUAUACCACACCGCGGGCCCCGAUGCCCAUACCUCCGCCAUCACGUCACCUGGUGGCUCUACUACUGCCCUCAAUCCGCGCUCCUGCGUCACCUGCCGUCGUCGCAGAGUCCGCUGCGACAAGCAGAUGCCCUGCUCCAACUGCCGACGUGCCAAGACUCCGUGCAUCUUCCCCGCCCCCGGUCGCGCCGCGCGCCGGCAGAAAUCCAACAAGGACCCCGAUGCGCCGCCAAAGAGUCCUGGCCAGCGAGAGGUUGAGCUGACUACGCGGCUGCGCAAGCUCGAGUGUAUUGUGGAAGAGCUGAGCGGGCAGAUUGCCGUCGAUUCCGGGAGCAGCCGGCUCGCGCAUCUAGAGUCUCCACAAGUGGCCGUCGGCGGUGAUGGCGUCUCGCAAGGCUCGGGCACGGAUUUCUUUGGUCGGCCUGCCACCGAGGGUGUUGAUGAGACGAAUGCCGAUGUCCUGCCGGGGGGAGAUGUUGGCCAGCAGCUUGGUCGUAUGGUUAUUGGAGACCAUAAAGGCACUGUUCGAUAUGUUAGCAGCGGCUUUUGGUCCAAGAUGAAUGACGAGAUUGACGAUAUUCGUGCCGAAUCACAGAGACUCAGUAUCGACGACGACGACAACGUAUCCGACUACGAUGAAUACCCCAUAGAAACAACAGAGUCUCUUGAGACCCUCCACGACCAUCCUUCAUUCUUCUUAGGAUUUCCAUCGGUCGACGCCGAUCUAACCAAGUUGUACCCUUAUCCACCCCAAGCUACGUUCCUCUGGUCGAUUUACAAAGAAAACGUCGAGCCAUUAGUCAAGAUUCUGCAUAUCCCGACUGUUGAACCACUACUGCGAGAGGCAAGAAAAGAUGCCACGUCGCUGUCGCCGGCAAACGAGGCUCUAGCUUUUGCCAUUUACUUUUCCGCUCUUACGGCGCUAGAACCAGAAGAGGUCCAAACAAAUUUUAGAGCAGCAAAGUCUACGGUACUUGCACAGUAUCGCUUCGCUGUCGAGCAAGCUUUAGCCAGAGCAAAUCUUUUAGAUACCUCGGAUAUUACCGUCUUACAAGCCUUCACGUUAUACCUUCUCAUCAGCAGGCGACCUGAUACCAGCAGGUUCUGCUGGGCUCUGACAAGUUUAGUUGUGCGCCUGGCACAAGGCAUGGGCCUACACCGAGACGGCAGCCACAUAGGCCUAUCCCCUUUCGAGACAGAGAUCCGAAGAAGAUUAUGGUGGGCAAUUUUGACACUCGACCUACGAUCCGCAGAAGAUCUCGGCACUAGCAUGGUGAUUCCUGACGACGAAUACGAUACUAAAAUGCCACUAAACAUCAACGAUGCUGAUAUCUGUUUGGAAUCUACCGAUUUUCCAGAGCCACGCGAAGGGAGGUCGGACUGCGCAGUCGCUCUAGUGCGAUUUGAAUUAUGCUCCAUGACGCGACGCAUCUACAGUACAUCGUCUACGACGGCAUUGCGCUCCGACAAAAGCAGCUUAGAUAGAAGCAGCACUGCUGAAAAGGAGCAAAUGAUUAUCAAGGUAUAUCAAAGGAUAGAAGAUAACCUUUUUCGACAUGUAGUCGACGAGGCUAGUCCAUUAUGUUGGGCCGUUGCUAUGAUUACGCGUCUCAACAUAGCCAAGACAUGCUUGGAUAUCUACUACCCCCUCCUUCUCCCUGGCGCUAAAGAGCAGCUGCCGUGCGAGGCCCGUCAAAGACUCUUUGUUGCUGCGAUUGAGAUCAUGGAAUGUAAUCACAAACUAGGCACCGACGCUCGCUAUAAGCAAUACCGUUGGCUGUUCAAGACAUAUACAGUCUGUCAUGCCGUCACCCACGUUCUGGUGGAGAUCUGUCGGCGCUCCUGGACGGCUCUCAUUGAACGUGCUUGGCAGGCUGUGACGCCGUACGGGGGAGUACCCGCAGAGCUGGAAAAGAAGGCCGAUUAUGCGGCUGUGUUUAUUCCUCUGCGUAGGAUGUUUGCCCGGGCUCGAAAACAUCGCGCUACGGAGAUUGCUAGGCUUCGGGCCGACCCAGAGGAGGCGCGGCGACUAGAUUCCGCGGAGCGCAUGGACCCGGAGACGACUCGCUUCGGUCCUGUGCCUGGAGCAGAGCACAUUAUGGAUGAGGCCAGAGAGCGUUGGAGGCUGCUGCUGCAGUCAGAAGGCGCCAGUACCACGCCUUGCUUUGACCCCCAGGCCGCCGCAGGCAACUUGCAUUCAACAACUGAACAAUUUCCCCAGGAAGCACAGCUCCAGAGUGUUCCCCCCGCCGCUACGCUAUUGCCACAGUGCGCAAAAGCAGUAUCGUCAGGUGGCGUCGAUUACACCUUCUCCUACGUGGAUGUGCGCAUGCCUCAUCACAACGAACCGGUAACUGACUUUUGGGAUAUCGGCAAUCUGAAUCCGGCGGCAGCCCUUAAUAGGUCGGCUCAACAGGAGCUGCAGAAUUCGGGACUUGACAUGCAGCCUCUGGGGGGCACCAAUACACAACCCUAUCUGUGGGCUGACACGUUCUCAGCCCCCGGAGUGCGACUCGACGAUAUAUUGGCCAAUGACGGGGAGAUAGAAAAUGACUUUGAUUGGCAAGACUGGGAUCAGAGUAUCAGUGGGCUGGAGAUGGGAUCCACGCAGUCCCAACCUCCAGGCCCGGACCAGCCUUGGCCGUGA